AUGAGCAAGAGGAAGAAGUGCUACGCAGUCAGCGUGGGGCACACCCCGGGCAUAUACGACACCUGGGAAGAAUGCAAGGCGCAGGUAGAUGGGUUCUCGGGGGCAAAGUAUAAAGGCUUUGCCACCCAGGCCGAAGCUCUGCAGUUUCUUGAAAGCAACGCCAGUGCAGCGCCACGACCCCAGCAAGCCAACACACGAAGCACAGCGCUGAAGCGCAAGCGGGAAGAGGACGACGAUGAGGAGGAAGAGCAGACCUCGCCACAGAAGCCCCAAACGCGACGACAGACAAAGUUGAUCACCUCUCCGUUCUUCUCCACACCCUCUUCCUCUUCGUCGUCUUCGUCAGGAGCUGAGCCGCGCGAGAAGAAGCGUUCACGCACAGUUCCUUCGCAGCCCACAUCCGGCCGGAACACCACGUUGCAGAAGUUCUUCGAGGACAACAACCUGCAGGCGCGGAAGUGGGUGGACAAGGACUGGAUUGUCGCCAACUGGAAGUAG